ACAAACAAAUACAGGAGAUUCCUUGAAUUUCUCUGGUACCUCUCGCUGUCUUCCCAAACUCAAAACUCAAUUUAGAAAACGUUACAAACAACAGAAGACAAAAAUAUUAUUUUUAGAACCAAACAAAAAAACAUUUGGGAUUGAAGUAUUGUCAACCCACGUUCUUGGAACAGCCAAAUAACAUUCUCAUUCUUGAAUAAAACUGUCUCAAGAACAAACUCAUAAAGACAAAAGAGUUUAGCUUUGGACGUAACAUGGGAGCAUAUAGAGCAGAAGACGAUUACGAUUACCUCUUCAAGGUGGUCUUAACCGGAGACUCUGGUGUCGGAAAAUCUAAUCUGUUAUCUCGUUUCACAAGAAAUGACUUCAGCAACGACUCACGUGCCACCAUCGGUGUCGAAUUCGCUACACGUAGCAUCCAAUGCGAUGACAAGAUCGUCAAAGCUCAAAUCUGGGAUACAGCCGGUCAAGAAAGGUACCGUGCCAUCACGAGCGCAUAUUACAGAGGAGCCGUUGGUGCGUUGCUAGUUUACGACGUGACACGUCACGUGACGUUCGAGAACGUUGAGAGGUGGCUCAAGGAGCUAAGGGACCACACGGACGCAAACAUUGUGAUAAUGCUCGUUGGUAACAAAGCUGAUCUUCGUCACCUUAGAGCUAUCUCUACCGAAGAAGCUAAGGCCUUUGCGGAGAGAGAGAACACCUUUUUCAUGGAGACAUCAGCACUUGAAGCUCUGAAUGUUGAGAAUGCUUUCACCGAAGUUCUCACAGAGAUUUACAGAGUGGUUAGCAAGAAAGCUCUUGAAGCUGGAGAUGAUCCAACCACAGCUUUGCCUAAAGGACAGACGAUUAAUGUCGGAGGCCGAGAUGAUAUCUCAGCCGUUAAAAAACCUGGUUGCUGCUCUGCUUAGAUACACUCGUUUCUCUUUCUUUCUUGUAUUUUAUUUAUUAAGCAUUAACAU